AUGAGCCGCAGGGCAAACAAUCUCUCUUAUGAGAAGCCAGAACCAUCGUUCCUCCGUAAGCUGAGGAAUCAAUAUGGGGAUGGCGGCGAAUACCACCGCAGCCGCCCAAGCCCACGUCCUACCAAAGGGAAAUAUGUCGAAGACGAAGAUGAUGGGCCUACUUAUAUUGAUGAAGAAAGUAACGAAGUCAUUACGAAAGACAAGUAUCUAGAGAUGGUAGCAGGGCCUAGGGACGAAACCACUGGUGCCGAGGGAAUUGGAACGGAAGAGAAUGGCCAAUCUGCGGCCACGAAGAAUAGCGCAGGCGAAGAUGGAGCUGAGGUAGAAACCCGGGCUUCCAAGUCUAAGCAAAACGUGGCGGAGAUAGGGGCCUCAAAGAAGAGGAAGCAAGGGAAAAUAGUAGGAGGCGACGAUGUUCCUGAGGACCAACAGGCAUCUCAGUCCCAGCCUGAAGCGCCGAAGAGAAAGAAGAACACAAAGAAGAAGGUCAAGCUCUCGUUUGAAGAUGAGGAAUGA